UCCGUGAUAUCAGGCGUAAUCUGCGAGUGCGCGCGCAUCAGUGUGCAAGCUGAGUUUUCAGCACCAAGGACAGCGUCUCUCACAGAGCAUCAGGUCACCCUUGCCAAAACCUUGACUACGAUUCAAUCACGCCAACAGCGGGACAAGUGAGCGCGGAUGACUGCAACAUUACUGCAAAACUGAUUUUUCCACCUUCUCCCGAGAGAGAGUGCAUAUGUGAGGCGACUAUCAACAGGAGCCAGCAUCAUUCUCUACAAAGGCGUGUUGACAUGGUUCUUGAAUAUGAACGGGUUUCAUGAGUGAAGCCCAUUCCUCUGCGGAGUAGACUGAGGCGAUCGCAUUCCAGUGCUGCUGGAGAGGACGCAGUGAGAGCGGAUCUGUCUAAUCAACGGGCAUCGACACGCAUCCUCCACGGGGCACUCAGUUUGACUCUGCCAUCCAGGGCAAAAUGCGUCUGGUUCUGUUCGCCUUCCUCAUCUCGUGCUCCUGUGCGAGAGGCGGAUGCGAACCCAAGACUGUGAAUAUCGGGGCUGUCCUGAGCCAGAAGAGAUAUGAACAAGUGUUCAAAGACGCUGUCACCCAAGCCAACAAUAUAUACGGCAGAGAUAAGUUCAAGAUGAACGCUAUUUCUGUCACCCAUAAGCCAAACGCAAUCCAGAUGGCACUCUCCGUAUGUGAGGAUCUCAUCUCUAACCAGGUGUAUGCGAUCUUGGUGAGCCACCCACCCCAGUCCAACGACCAUCUAACUCCCACUCCGGUGUCCUACACAGCUGGUUUUUACCGUAUCCCUGUAGUGGGCCUCACCACCCGCAUGUCCAUCUACUCUGAUAAGAGCAUCCACCUCUCCUUCCUGCGCACGGUGCCACCCUAUUCCCACCAAGCCCAAGUGUGGUUUGACAUGAUGCGUGAGUUCCAGUGGAAUCACAUAAUUCUGAUUGUCAGUGAUGACCACGAGGGCAGAGCGGCACAGAAAAGACUGGAAACCCUGCUGGAGGAAAGGGAGACGAAGAGUAAAAACAGGAACUAUGAAAACCUCGACCAACUGUCCUUUGACAACAAGCGAGGACCCAAGGCAGAGAAAGUGCUCCUGUUCAGCCAAGACACAAAUCUGACAGCUCUGCUCCAGGAAGCCAAAGAGCUAGAGGCCCGAGUUAUCAUCCUGUCUGCAAGUGAAGACGAAGCCGCAGCCAUUUACAAAGCAGCGCGCCAGCUCAAUAUGACAGGCUCUGGUUAUGUGUGGCUGGUUGGAGAAAGGGAGAUGUCUGGUAAAGCACUGAGUGAAGCCCCAGAUGGCUUGCUCGGCCUUCAGCUUAUCAAUGGCAAGAACGAGUCUGCACACAUCUACGAUGCCGUGGCUGUGGUGGCCCAGUCCAUUCAGGAGCUCUUUGAGAAGGAGAAUAUCACAGAGCCUCCUCGAGGCUGUGUUGGCAAUACAAACAUCUGGAAGACUGGCCCACUCUUCAAACGAGUGCUGAUGUCAUCCAAGUAUCCAGAUGGCCUGACAGGCCGCGUGGAGUUUAAUGAUGACGGAGACAGGAGGUUCGCCCACUACAGCAUUCUGAACUACCAGAAAACCCGGCUGGUGCAAGUGGGCGUCUACAAUGGCUCGCAAGUUGUAAUGAACACUCAGAGGAAGAUUAUUUGGCCAGGAGGAGAGACUGAAAAGCCAAAAGGGUAUCAGAUGUCAACGAGAUUAAAGAUUGUCACCAUUCAUCAAGAGCCCUUUGUGUAUGUGAAACCAACGUUACGAGAUGGAACAUGUAAGGAAGAGUUCACUGUAAAUGGAGUCCUGAUCAAAAAAGUGAUCUGCACUGGCCCCAAUGAGACCAUUCCAGGUCGCCCCAUAGUGCCUCAGUGCUGCUAUGGGUUCUGCAUUGACCUUUUGAUCAAACUUGCAAUGACAAUGAACUUCACCUAUGAAGUGCAUCUAGUGGCUGAUGGCAAAUUUGGCACUCAGGAGCGUGUAAAUAACAGCAACAAGAAGGAGUGGAAUGGCAUGAUGGGAGAGCUCCUGAGUGGCUUGGCAGACAUGAUCGUGGCUCCACUUACAAUCAACAAUGAACGAGCCCAGUAUAUAGAGUUCUCGAAACCGUUCAAGUACCAGGGGCUCACAAUACUUGUCAAAAAGGAAAUACCGCGCAGUACACUGGACUCGUUCAUGCAGCCUUUUCAGAGCACUCUGUGGUUACUGGUGGGUCUAUCGGUCCAUGUUGUGGCGGUGAUGCUCUACCUAUUAGACCGUUUCAGCCCGUUUGGAAGGUUUAAAGUAAAUAGUGAAGAGGAAGAAGAAGAUGCCCUCACCUUAUCCUCUGCUAUGUGGUUCUCCUGGGGUGUACUUCUGAACUCCGGCAUUGGAGAAGGUGCCCCUCGGAGCUUUUCAGCAAGGAUUUUAGGUAUGGUGUGGGCUGGUUUUGCUAUGAUUAUAGUUGCAUCUUAUACUGCCAAUUUGGCAGCCUUCCUAGUGCUGGAUCGGCCUGAGGAGCGCAUUACCGGCAUCAACGACCCUAGGCUGCGAAACCCAUCAGACAAGUUCAUCUACGCCACAGUGAAGCAGAGCUCUGUGGACAUUUACUUCCGGCGCCAAGUUGAGCUAAGCACCAUGUACCGCCACAUGGAAAAGCACAACUACGAGAGUGCCGCUGAAGCCAUCCAGGCCGUGCGAGACAACAAACUCCACGCGUUUAUAUGGGAUUCAGCAGUGUUGGAGUUUGAGGCCUCGCAGAAAUGUGACCUGGUCACCACAGGCGAGCUGUUCUUCCGCUCUGGAUUCGGUAUCGGGAUGCGUAAAGAUAGCCCGUGGAAGCAAAAUGUCUCACUGGCCAUCCUCAGUUCCCAUGAGAAUGGCUUCAUGGAGGACUUGGAUAAAACCUGGGUCCGUUCUCAGGAGUGUGACUCCAGAAGCAAUGCACCAGCCACACUGACUUUCGAGAAUAUGGCAGGCGUGUUUAUGUUGGUGGCUGGUGGCAUCGUCGCCGGGAUCUUCCUCAUCUUCAUUGAGAUUGCGUACAAACGACACAAGGAUGCACGCAGGAAGCAAAUGCAGCUGGCUUUUGCAGCAGUUAACGUAUGGAGGAAGAACUUACAGGAUAGGAAAAGUGGUAGAGCAGAGCCAGACCCCAAAAAGAAAGCCUCUUUUAGGUCCAUCAGUACCAACCUGGCCUCCAACAUCAAGAGACGUAGGUCGUCCAAAGACACGCCAUACCCUACGGACAUUGCUGGCCAACUCAACCUGUCAGACCCCUCUGUGAGCACAGUGGUGUGAAAGUGGAGAGAGAAAGAGAAUUUGACAGGCAAAAAGAAAGAGAGAGACAGGAAAAGCAGGAGGUGGUGGGCUCUGAAACAGACCGCUUGAGACAACACCUUCAGCACCGUCAUUUGAGAAAAAUCCACCUCGUCUCAGCAUAUGCACACUGGAUAUGAAACUUAUGGACACACUGUGCCAAAUUCAACCACACUGGAGCAAAUUCACACUGCCACACAGUUCACACCAGACCAACACAUUCACACACUCACACACACACAAAGUGCUUCACCUUUUACAAUUUUUUGCACAUAUCUAAAGAGUUUUUUUGUGAAAUAUGUAAAUAUAUAUUCAGAUUUCUGUUUCUCCACAUUAGGUCAUCAUUCAGUCUUAACAAAAAACACAAUAAUACUGAAUAGUUUUUCACUUUUAUGAUUCAGGCAUAGUUAUGAUUCAUACAGUACAUAUGUAUAAUAUGUCUUUCUACCGCCACCUAAGAUAUAUGUAGCUUAUCUCAACACUUUGGUAGUGUUUUGAUGUUUUCCCAUUUGAAAAGAGCAAACACGGAACUUAUCUUUGACUUCUUUGUAUAUUUAGAUUUGAAAAAGUAGGUUAGAAAUUGUGUUGCUAUAAAUACUACUGUAGGUGAAAGUUUGGCACAUUUUGAUCAUCGUUGCACUUUGCUGUACACUUCUAAAUAUGCGAUUCUCUCCCUUCACUGCCGGUUUCAGAACACUCACCUGAAGUUGUCCAGGUUGCUUUGGACACAUACUGUGGAUCUUUUUUUGCUACUUUAUUUAUGUUUUUAAUAUUUUGUACAAAAAUAAUGAUUUUUUGAAGAUUAUCUGAAUAUCAGCAUAUUAUAUGGGGUCUAUCCAGCCAGGGGCUAAAUGUAGCAGAUCCGACCUUGUUUAUCAUAAACUUUUAAAGACAAAACUUCAAACGAACGAAAGGAACCCGCUUAUGAUAAAGAGUGGCGUAGAUGUAAUGAAGCAGAUAUUAUUACAGGAUCUUUUGAGCUUAAUGUUGAACCUUGCUUGAAAUUCCCUGUAAUAAUUUCUGUAUCAUUGUGUGAGCUGGUAGCUAGCAUCUUUUAGCUACCACAAUGGGGACCUUUCCUCACAUUAUAUAUAUAUAUUUCAUCAUGUCAUUAUAAUAUAUGAGCAGUAGGCUAUUAUAUUUUGUCUGUGUGAAAUAAUAACACUAGAUGCUAUUUCCAUCGUUUGUUGUCAAGCUUUUACUCUGUGGACUAGUUAAAUGGUUACCGGCAAAGGUGGUAAUUUAUAAUAUGAGUCAGUCGUCUUUUUCUGUGGGCUUUUAAAAGUAUACUGACCAAUAAUAGGCGUAUUAGAUCACUGUAUAGAUCGUUUGUCUCAAACAAUCAAUCUGAGGGCUUUGCUAACUAUUGUGAGAAGUUUAGAAUGUGAACUAUGCGUACUGUAACAGUAAGUUAUGAAACUGUUUUAUAAGAUGAAGACAUUAAUAUGAGAAAAAUAUAUGUUUUAGAUUAAAAUUGAGAGUUUUUAUAGAAAAACAUUAGAUUCAUGGUUCAAGGUUUGGUGGUCUUUGCUUGAAAACAUUAUGCUGGGUUGGGUUCAGCAAGUGUCUGAAGUCCAGUUUUACUGUGAACAUGACUGUGAACUGCUUUGUGAAAUUCAUUAUGAAGCAUGUAACACGUUAAAAGUAGAUACACAAAUUCUCUAUAGAUUCAUAAUCAAUCCUACAUAGAAAAAUAUAUGCUGCCAUAUGCACUGCUGUGUCCAUCAAGCUAAUAUUUGAUCAUAUAAUUGGAAUCUGUGGUGGAAACCCACGAUGGUGGCAGGGAAUAAAUUAAAGUGUGCGGCCUGAAGUACUUGUGAGGCUCAAGAGGAAGCACAUCUUUGACAAACAAAGCAAUGUAACCCCAUUCACUGUUGUAUGCAAACAUGCAUUAUUUCUAAAGCUUUAAAAUAUUGCAAGGCCAUUUAAAUCUACUUUCACCAUAUUUCUCGACCACCAAAUGUGCUUUCAAUGACUAUUCCAACACUGUUUGUGCAAAAAAA